GCGGGGGCGGGGGCGGCGUCGCCGCGGUGCUGUCCCCGCGAGGCCGCGGAGGGCGCCGUGGGCCGGCCGCCGCUCUGAGCAGCGCGUCCCAGGCGGCGUGCGGGCGUGCGGGCGCGGGGCGACGGCGGCCCCGCAGCGACAUGUGACCAUGGACCGCAGGACCAGGGAAAAUCCAGAAAGAACUUUUGACUUGGUGUUGAAAGUGAAGUGCCAUGCCUCUGAAAAUGAAGGUCCUGCGAUACUGUGGAAAUUCCCAGAGGACUUUGGAGACCAGGAAGUAUUGCAGAGCGUGCCCAAGUUCUGUUUUCCCUUUGACGUGGAAAGGGCAUCUCAGAAUCAAGUUGGACAGCACUUUACCUUCGUACUGACAGACAUUGAAAGUAAGCAGAGAUUUGGGUUCUGCAGACUCACAUCAGGAGGCAGAAUUUGUUUAUGUAUUCUUAGUUAUUUGCCGUGGUUUGAAGUGUACUAUAAGCUUCUCAACACUCUGGCAGAUUACUUGGCGAAGGAACUGGAAGAUGAUUUGAAUGAAACUCUCAAAUCACUCUAUAACCACCCAGUACCGAAGGCAAACACGCCUGUCAACUUGAGUGUGAACCAAGAGCUAUUUAUUGCCAGUGAGCAAGUUCUGAAAGAUCAACCCUCACUGAUGCUGCACUCCUGUUUCAUUGCCCCUGACAUAACUGGACUCCCGACGAUCCCGGAGAGUAGAAACCUGACAGAGUACUUCGUUGCCGUGGACGUGAACAACAUGCUGCGGUUGUACGCCAGCAUGUUGCACGAGAGACGCAUCAUUAUUACCUCGAGCAAAUUAAGCACUUUAACCGCCUGUCUCCACGGCUCGGCCGCUCUGCUCUACCCGAUGUACUGGCAGCACAUCUACAUCCCCGUGCUUCCUCCACACCUGCUGGACUACUGCUGUGCCCCAAUGCCAUACCUGAUUGGAAUACACUCCAGUCUCAUAGAGAAAGUGAAAAAUAAAUCAUUGGAAGAUGUUGUUGUGUUAAAUGUUGACACAAACACUUUAGAAUCACCAUUUAAUGACUUGAGCAACCUACCCAGUGAUGUGGUCUCGGCCUUGAAAAAUAAGCUGAAGAAGCAGUCCACGGCUACAGGAGAUGGAGUGGCUCGGGCCUUUCUGAGGGCACAGGCGGCUUUGUUCGGAUCCUAUAGGGAUGCUCUGAGAUACAAGCCUGGUGAGCCCAUCACCUUCUGUGAGGAGAGCUUUGUGAAGCACCGCUCCAGUGUGAUGAGACAGUUCCUGGAGACUGCAGCUAACCUUCAGCUGUUUAAACAGUUUAUUGAUGGUCGACUGGCAAAGCUUAAUGCAGGAAGGGGUUUCUCCGAUAUAUUCGAAGAAGAGAUCACUUCGGGCGGCUUCUCUGGAGGGAGCCCGAGGUCGUACCAACAGUGGGUGCAUACAGUCAAGAAAGGAGGUGCAUUGUUCAACACAGCAGUGACCAAAGCCACCCCUGCUGUACGGACUGCCUACAAAUUCGCAAAGAGUCACGCCAGACUGGGACUACGAGAGGUGAAGAGUAAGCUGAAACACAAGGACAAUGAGGAAGAUUAUGGGACCUGUUCUGGUUUGGUACAGUAUACACCAGUUUACACAUUACACAGUGAAAAGGGAGGAGACAGAGAGAAACAUAAGCUUUCCCAGGCACACUUGAGAAGGCCUCAUAAGAGCCUCGAUGGUACCCUGUUUGAUGAUGAUGAUGAUGAUGACAUCGAGCGAGCAAGCAAGGUGUCUUCUGAGGACGGCGAGGAAACAUCUGCUUAUUUCUACGAGAGUGACGACUCCAUUGGAGCUCAAGUGAAAGCGCCUUAUUCAGGUGAGAUGGACUUGCUGGGGGAGAUCCUGGACACGCUGAGCACGCACAGCUCCGAUCAAGGCAAGCUGGCCGCUGCAAAGAGCCUGGACUUCUUCAGAUCCAUGGAUGACAUCGACUACAGACCUACGAACAAGUCCAAUGCUCCCAGUGAGAAUGACCUGGCCCUACUGUGUGCUUCUGGUGAUCAAGGAGAGUGGAAUCUCGGGCAGGAUGACAGUGCCCUCCAUGGCAAGCACCUCCCUCCCUCCCCCAGGAAGAGAGUUUCCUCCAGUGGGUUCACAGAGUCUCUGUUUAUCCUGAAAGAGGAGAACAGUGAGAAACCCUGCUGUGCGGACAGUCUGUGUGACCCCGCUGUGGUGGAAAAGCCAGCUACUACUCCAGGCUUGGGUUUCCAGCCAGCUUCCCCAGAGGCUUCUCAAAUGGGUGAAGGAGAAGCAGAGGUGAAGGAAACACUAAGUCAGGCCUCAGAGAGUCUGCUGCUGCCCAGUGUCGGGAGCCGCCAGUCCACUUUCGUUCCCUGGGAGAAAGGAGGAAAAGAGCCUGAGGGGCCUUCAGAAGGCGGUGGACUGCUCCAGGAAGUAGUGUCAUUGUGUCACAUGUCAUGUGACUUCCAACAAGGUUUAAACAUUUCAGAAGGAAAUAGAAGUGAAGACCAAACUUAAGGUACCAGUAAAGGGUCAGUCAUUGCCGCUUGCCUCUUGGCUUCUCCGGAGACAUGUGGAAUUAGUUCCCUGUGAUGCGUCCAGUAAACAGAAUCACUCAUAGGAAUGAAAACUCUUACUACUGUUUAAUUGUUUUCCUUUGGAAUGUUUCCCCAUCUGUUCAUCUCAUGGAGCGUAAAAUGAAUUCUACUGUGCUGUUAAAUCAGGUACUAAUUUGUAUAUAGCCUGAACGUGUGUUUUGGACAUAAGCUUUCCCAGUAUUUGGUGCUUAAUGCCAUUCAUUUUAUUUAAACCAAGUGUGCGUAUGUAACCCACACAUAUGACCAGUAGUUACUGUACUAGUUUGGUUGAGCAUGAACUGAUCGAGAUGUCAAAACCGAUAAAAAGGAAAUAGCCUGAAACUGUUAAAACUUUUAACCCACUAAUUGCCUUAAUCUUCCAGUUAUGCUAAACAUACAGAUCACGUGUGCAGAUCUUGAAAGAGCAGUUAUCUUGUCUUUCAGAGCAAUAAUGCCUUUUUCUAUCGUAGAAUUAAGCUCACCAUUCUUUUCAAGUUUAAAUGCUCUCUAGUGGAACUAACUUGCUUUUAUAAAGACACUGCAGCCACGUUUUCCGAACAAUGUAAAUUGUAUUUUACCUUCCACUCAGUGAAACCCAUGAAGUGCUGAGUUACAAUGUGAAGUUGAAGUCUCUGUUUACAGAGAAGCCCCUCAGACAGUGCCCGGUCCCUGUGUGCCGUGCUGACUGUGGUCCGCCUCAAGAAAGCCAGAUGCCCUGCGGAGUCCAGAUAAGCAGUUGUCCCUGUUCUCGCAUCUGCGUCCCCAUGAAGAUGCCCAUAGCCUUAUCUGUGUUGGCUUUUUUAAAUAAUCAACUUUAUUUUUAAAAUGUUCUAGAUUUAUAGAAAUCAGCCAAGGUGGUACGAAGUUCCCAUCUCCCUGGACCCGGUCUCUGCUAUUGUUAGCAUCUUAGGCUAGUGUGCCACGUUUGCCACAGUGUUGGUGUCCUACAUGGUAGAGCUCUGGCUGUUCCCUGACGUCCCCUUUCUGUCCUACCCCCUCAGAGUUCGAGAUGACAUUAUCGUGUCUGCUGGGGCUCCUCUUCCUGCUGGCUCUUAAUUUUUUUUUUUUUUUUGGUUUUGAUGACCUUGAAAAUGUCAGAAAUACAGGUCAGAUGUGUUGCCCAGUGGCCAGCUCCUAGAAUUCGUCUGCUAUUUUUCUCAUUUUUACACUAGGAUUGUAGUUGGAAGAAGAGGCUCAGAGAAGUAAAGUGCCAUUUCCACAGUGUCUUACAUAGUGUGUACUGUGAGCCUGUUCCAUGCAGUGCUGACUUUGAACACCUGCUGGGUUUCUGCACUGUAAACUUGUCCGUCGUCCCCCCCCCCCCCCCCCCCCCCCCCCCCCCCCCGCACCUUCUGUUCUGUUGCAGGCAGGAGGAAGGGAGGAAGGGCAGGCACAAAGGAAUUGUUUAGGGCAGAAGAGUUGCCUUCCUCACUUUGGAGCACAUCUGAAAACAUACACAGAUUUCUCACACCAGACUGAUGGUGUGGGCUAGCUUGUUUGUACCCUCCCUGCCUGUGUUCUGUAUAUCCCCAAACACGACGGUUGCUUUUCAAAAUUUGUCUGUUUUUAGAUUAAAAAAAAAAAAAAACUGUUGCAAAACCACUUAACCUCAACAAGGCCAUACUCUAAAGUAUUUACUUAAGGAAUAUAAUUUCAACUAAAAUUUUAGGAGAUUUGUUAACAUUGUGCAUAUUUAUACAGGUCUUCUAAAAAAAAGAACUGUAUUCCAAAAUAUAUGUAAUAUAUGUAGGUAGUUUUCCUUGUGGUAACUGUUCACUCAUCUGUGGUGAGAUGAGCUUGUCCUUAUGAGAUAGGCUCUGAAUAGAGAGUGUGUGUGCUCCUCAGUUUACACAGUCAUGCGGCUCGAGGCUGUCAGAUUUUGCCUGUGUAUGUCCUUCAUUAAUCCCGGUUUACGGAAAUAAGAGAGGCACCACACUGUCACAAGGGCUGUUUUUAGUAAGAAGAGGAGGAGUUAGAGUGGUGAUUCCACUCCUGGGCAAGCAUUCCUACAUAAUCCCUGAACAGAAUGCACAACCUUUAACAUGAAUUGGGAAUGAGGUCUCUUUUUCUGCUUCAGAAUGCAUCGUCUAAAAGGUGACAGAGAACACUGGCUUCCGGUCCAUGUCCCUGAUAAACCCAUGGCCACAGAUUCCCGAUUCUCUGCUUUGAGUCAGCUCGUGAGAUGGUCCGCUAUAACACUAGGCUAUUUGAAAACAUUUAGCCACUCGCAAAUAGCGCCUUAAGACCCUUUAAAGCGAUCUGUGCCUUACUCUAGCAAUCAAAGCAGUGACUCAUGUUAAAGAGAAGAAACAAAAUCGUACACAUUGUUCUUUAAAAAGUCCACAUGUUGGUGCUUCACACCAUUAGAACCUCAAGGAUUUGAUGUCAGCUUUUAAUCGCAGCUCCCCAGUGUUAUUUAUGGUGGGUGCAUAAGAAGUAAGGGGCAAUAGACUGAGUUCUGAAAAAAGCAAAAGUAGUGUUUUCUGCUGGGCAGUGUUGGCAUACACCUUUAAUCCUGGCACUUGAGAGCCCGAGGCAGGUGGAUCUCUGUGAGUUUGGGGCCAGCCUUGUCUACAGAGUGAGUUCCAGGACGGGCUCCAAAGUUACACAGGGAAACUCUGUCUCAAAAAAACCAAACCAAAAAAAAAAAAAAAAAAAAAAAAAAAGGUAGUAUAUUUUGUUAUACCCAAAGCAAACCAAGUAUUUUAAGUUCCCUGCUAUUCAAAGUCAACCUUUCUGCCUGCGCUGUCAUUUUAAAUGCUGAGCACCAACCAGCUGGAGCUCCCCAAUAGACUUUUCAAAGCUGCUUUUCAUCUACAAGAGACUUGGAUAACUCACUGCGCCAGCUUCAGUGUCUUGGAUUUAUAUGCCUCUGAACCAAGCCACAAGUUGUCCUUAGUGUUACUUAGGCUUUGCACCCAGGUAGUUCAGGGGGCUAAAGGUAGAAGGAGAAACUUAGGAGCUGCAGCUGGUUAAAAUGCAGAUGCUCUGAGUGGCAUACAUUGGUGAUUACCUAAUUUAGCUUAUCUUACACAGAUUGUGGCAUGAUUAUUUUUCAUAUUCAAAAUUAAUAGCUCCUUCAUUAAGAAAAUAUUUAUUGACUUUUUGUGCCAGUCAGGAGGAAGGUAUACUAUCUAAGGAUAUCGGGGUAUGGGAAAAAACAAUUACCCUGGGCAAUUGAUGAAAAGGGAAAGGAACUGCAGAUGUUAAAAUAAUAAUAAUAGUGACUUUAAUAAUAAUAGACUAGAGUGAGGUGUACUUGCUUAGAUGGUCCUAGCUCAAGGGCUGAUGCCGAGGACGCCUUCAGGAACAGCUGCUCUAUUUAAAGUGUGCUCUAAGUACAGAGUCAAUAACUUUCCUGGUAACUGCAUGAGUUACUGGAACGCUGCUAAGAUCCCACUUUUAAAGGACAGAUUUGGAGACACUGCAAGGCCAUCCACAUGACAUGGUGUCCCCCUUUGCAGGAUGGGUGGUCACUUCCCCAGUUCAGCAAUAACUUAAGGUAUAUAUAGACUGGGACCCGGUCAUGUUGAUGGGAGUCCAGUUUUUACAUUAAAAAGAGAAACCUUGGUAACAGCAUUUUCUAGAAACAGCCCUGUUCAUUUUAGUUGAAGCCGCAAGUGACAGUGUGGUUGAGAUCUUAUGCUGCUGUCUAAAGGUGUGUGACCCAGGAAUACCCACCAAGUGGUUGGUAAGCAAAGGAAGACUUUGGUCAGCCACAGACAGCUGUGAGCAUGCUUGGAAUCAACAGCCAUUCAACCUCCCCUCAGAGUUCCAGGACAGGUUCAUCGCUUUCGUGAGUAAAUUUUCUCAUGAGAACUCCACUCUUUGGUGUCAGCGAUUCUUGAAUCUGAGACGAUAUUUGAAAAUUAGGCAUGUAAAAUGAACCCCUAAAUGUAGCCACUCCCCGAGCAUGUAGGUAGUCGUUUUUAGAAACCCAGUUCCCCGUAAGCAUCUUUCCCAGGUCCAGCCCAGAGUCCCAUCACUGUCUGUUUCUUAAAGCUUCAAGGACUAGAAAGGCUUUGCAGCAGCCAGUUUGUGUUAUGAUUUAAUUAAGAAAUAGGGAAUUGUGUAUAUUGAGACAGAAACAUUUUAUUUUGAAAUAUAGGAUUUUGUGCAAUAUUUUUCUUGCAUAAUUUAGUUCAUAUGAAUAUGCACAUCUGCUUUUCUGGCAGGUGCCUUAAGGUCAUAUCUUUCAGUAUUUGCCUAAAACUGUAUGUAGCAAUGUUCUGUGUGAUUGCAGAAAAAAAUCACUUUUUCUAUUGUUAGCUGAAGUGUUUUUGUUUAUUUAAAAUAAUUGUGGGGAUUGCAUUAUUGUAUCAUAACUAACUUCCUCAGCCACAAUAAAUAUGCAAUAAGGAAAUCAUGUACCUUUGAUUAGUAUUGACAAUACUGUUACUUUAACAGAACUGUUGUGGUACAAAGUGCUGAUUCUCUGUGUACACAUUUAACUCCGCUUUGCACCACAUGAAUCUAAACGGCAUAUUUAUGUGAUAACCACGUAUGUAGAUUCUGACAUCCUUUGUGAUGAGUCUUUGUUGAGGCUUAUAAAGGGCAUUGUCAAUACUUUUUGACUGUAAAUUAAUUUUUUUGUAUGAUGUACAGUUUGUUUAGCCUGAGAGCUCUAUAGAUUUCUACUUUUAUUAUACUUGAAUGAGGCAGAAAGCACUGUGGGAAAUUUGUAACUCUGGAUGCAAUAUGCAGAUAUACCAAAAAUAAAACAAGGUACCGAACAGCAACACUGACGGAAUGCUUUAUAAUCCCGGAGUCAGUGUUUCUCAAGAUGCAUUGUAGUUAAAUGAAGUAAUUGAAGAUAUGCACUCUUUUAUCCACACGGUAUAGUCACAAAUGAUUACCUCUCGGAUGUGUCAAAGCUGUAAGUCCUUUAUAACUUCUCUUUCAGUCCUUAGAUGAGGACCAUCCAUGAUCCCACCUCUGAGUACAUGAUGUUUAAGACAGAACAAAUUCAACUACAUUGUGCGUAUUGGAUGCAUUGCCUGUGGUAAAUCACUAUGUUUUAGACAGAGUAGCUUUCAUAGAUAAUUUUGAGAAUUCUUUAAUAAUCAUAUACCAAAAAUUAACAGCUUAAAAUCAGUUAUAACUUAACUGUGCCUAAAACAACAAAUACAUG